AUGGCGGCGACCAACAUUUGUGUCCAGCUUGGAGCAAAUAUUCAUAAAUUUCUGGUGGAAGCUGGAAUGCAGACUGCAACAGGGAAUCCAGCAGACAUCAACCUUAAGCUCCUCACCAUGCCAUUCACUGCCCGACCCACAGCGAAAGUCGGAAUACCUAAAGAGACCCAAACCUGCAAGAAAGCGGCGGAGAAACGGGCAGGCACCUUACCCAUGCAGGGUAACGAAGAGAAGAACACCGCAGAACCUUAA